GGCCGGAGGGACUCCAUGUUGGUCAAGGGCAGUGCUCUGGCCCCUAAGGAACUUUUCAGAAGAUAGGAAGGCUCUCCCUUUCCACACGUACCGGAAUCCUCUCUUGGCGUAGCGCUGGAGGGCUUUCCCAUGGCGCCACCCGUGGCCCGGCUCCCGGCGGAUGUACCCGGGGAGGCCGGGAGCGGGGCAAGGAGAGAAAGCAGCCCCGGGGCCGUGAGCUUCGCAGACGUGGCCGUGUACUUCUCCCCGGAGGAGUGGGGCUGUCUGCGGCCCGCGCAGAGGGCCCUGUACCGGGACGUGAUGCGGGAGACUUACGGCCUCCUGGGCGCGCUCGGAUUUUCAGGCCCCAAACCCGCUUUUAUAUCUUGGGUGGAAGGAGAGGUGGAGGCGUGGAGCCCCGAGGCCCAGGAUCCAGAGGGUGAGAGCCCAGCAGCUGUCAUCAGAGACAGGGGAAAGAUAACAGGAUCCAGGGAUGAGAGUGAAGAGAAAGAACUGAAAAUGUGUCCAAAGCAAAAAGAGAUGGAGCGUGACGAAGUGUCUCGCGAGGAGUGGUUACCAUCCAGCCGGCCACCUGGUGCCAGGCACAGAGCUGCCUGCCCAGAGCUCUGCUGGAACUCUGCGCGGAGCCCAGUCAAGCCUUGGUUCAAGGCCACUACAACCCGCAAAUCACCCUACUCUUGCCCAGACUGUGGCCGCGACUUCAGCUACCCCUCCCUCCUGGCCAACCACCAGCGGGUCCACUCUGGGGAGCGGCCCUUCCCCUGUGACCAGUGCCAGGCUCGUUUCUCCCAACGCAAGUACCUGCUCCAGCAUCAGUUCAUCCACACAGGUGAAAGGCCCUACUCCUGCCCUGAUUGCGGGCGACGUUUCCGCCAGAGGGGUUCCCUGGCCAUCCAUAGACGGGCUCACACUGGGGAGAAGCCCUACCCAUGCCCAGACUGCAAAAGUCGCUUCACUUACCCCUACCUGCUCGCCAUCCACCAGCGCAAGCACACAGGCGAGAAGCCCUACAGCUGUCCCAGCUGCGGCCUCCGUUUUGCCUACAGCUCCCUGCUGGCUAUCCACAGGCGCACACAUACAGGCGAGAAGCCCUACCCCUGCCCAGACUGUGGCCUCCGCUUCACCUACUCAUCUCUCCUCCUCAGUCACCAGCGCAUUCACUCUGACAGCCGGCCCUUCCCCUGCCCACAGUGUGGGAAAGGCUUUAAGCGCAAGUAUGCCUUGGAAGCCCAUCAGUGGGUCCAUCGCUCUGGCAAGAGGCCGAGGUGGCAGAGGCCUGCAGUAGGGCUCUCGGAGCCAGUCCUUGUUUUGGGAGGCCAGGAUCCCCCAGUUCAUUUCCGGUACUUUCCAGAUAUAUUUCAAGAAUGUGGGUGACAGGGCUCACGAGAGAUGAUUCAUUUUCUUUGGAAGGGAAAAGGCAAAGUUUAUGCAUUUGGGGGAUAAGGAAUGGAAAGGAAGUAGGCAUGUAAGGAAAACAAAGCUCUGAGGUAAGGGAGCACAGGGCUGGUCCUUUGGAAGGAGGCAGGAAUCUGAAAGGCCACCUGAAGGCUGAACCCACUUUCUGAGGCUCCUGCUCCCACUUCCAAAUCCCACUUGGAGAUUCUUCCCAGCAAAUCAUUCACCUACCUGGCUUUUUUGCCUGGAUUGUUCUCUUCUUUAGGGCAUUCUGCUUUCUGGCCUGUAUCUCUCCUGUUCCUCAGACAUAGGGUCCCCUAGAUGCAAGAACCUAUUAAAGGAGCCCAUGUACACUCUGAGCAUCUCCUGGAACAGAAGGCACACCUUGGGCCCAUCCCCAGCGGGGGAAGCCCAUCCAAGGAUUCUUUUAGCCAGUGCUGAUGAGACAUCCGGCAAGGAGACAUGUGCAAUGUCAAGCCACUGUUGGCACUCUUUAGUCUUAAAAUCCUGAAGGUGACCAUAGGGAGCAGAACAAUGGCUUCAGGUGGGGAACUGUCCUGCCCCAUGCCCACUCUGCACGUCGUGCACAAAAGUGUCAAGCUUAACCUAAAGGUUUUUUUUUUUUUCCCCUCUAACUUUUGUGAAUUAGUGACUGCAGUGUUUUCCUCUUUAGAUAUCUGCAUGUUGUCCGGAUUUUACACCUUUUGAAUAAAGAUGUGCUCUUGGGCCACAGGAGCUGGAAA